AUGCUAACACUCGACGGCUCGACCCUAGAAGGCGGCGGCCAACUCGUCCGCGUGGCUCUGUCCAUCUCCGCAAUCGAAGGCAUUCCCGUCCGCAUCACUCAUAUCCGUGCGAACCGGGCCUCGAAAAGAUAUCCGCGUUCAAGCCAUGCGGGACGACAGCAUCGAGAAGAACAGCAGCAGCAGAAGAAGACAGUCGAGGCCUCUCUAGCUAGGGGGUGUCUCUUUCUUCCGCGACAUGCCAGCGGCAGUGGCGAUGACGGUGAUGGAGCCGCGAAGACCAAGAAACCAGCAGCGGCAGCAGUAGGGGGUGGUCUGAAAGAAAGCCAUCUGGCUGCUUUGGAGUGGUUGGCUGGGAAAUGUGGUGCCGAUGUCCAAGGUGGCGAACCAUAUUGUCACCAUCAUUACCAGCACCAGCAGCCGAUCCCGAGAAAGGAUGGCCAGAAGAAUGGCAUACCAGAAGACAAUGGUCCUGAGAAUGAGAAUGAGAAUGAGAAUGAGAAUACACCUCAUAAAAGCUGUCGCUUCCAUCUGUCACCCUUCCACAUGCAGACUCGCGACACCAUCACACAAAUCACCAUGACCAUCAUAUCCGGAAGCUCUCAAACACACGCACUGCUCGAGUCGCAACUGGCAUCUUCUCUGCGUGCGAUUCCGUGCUUCUCGGCCCCUUCGCUUCCCAUCACGCUUCACAAAUCUUCCGGUCCAGCAUCUGGGGAUGAACGACGCUUGUAUGUUCUGCUCGUGGCACAUACCGUGGCGGGGUAUCGACUUGGGCGCGACCAUCUGGGGUCAGGACGCAAAAUUGGUACAGAGGCCGAUAGGCGGCGUCUUGUGUCGGAGGUGGUGGGCCGUCUUGUCCGCGAGUUUGUGGAGGAGUGUAAACCCACGAGGAGAGAGUGCAGCGAAGAAAGGCAUUCUGCCUCCACCCACACCCCCGUCUCCAUCUCUAGUAUGGACGAGUUUGCAGAGGAUCAGCUUGUCAUAUUCCAGGCGUUGGCUGAAGGUAGGACAAGCGUACAUGCACAUGGUGGAGGAGUUGGAACAAUGUCAAGGGGAAAUGGUAGAAGUAGUCUGCACACGCGGACGGUCAGGUGGGUUUGUCAGCAGAUGAUGGGGACUGUGUUUGAUGAGAUGGGCGGUUGCGAGGGAAGAAGACCUAGUGGAAGGAGACAGGCACAGGACGAUAACAUGGAUAGAAGCAGAAGAAUGCGGCCAGACCAAGGGACGCCAGGACAACACCAUCCGGAGUGGUAA